ACCACGAGCUGUCACUUCGUGAACCAAACAUUGAAUUUUAUCAUUUUAAAAAUAUUGCACGAUUUAUCACGAAAAUUGCAAUUAGUCAUCGAAGGAAUUCGUUCUUUAAACUAAUAUUUGUUUCAAAACCUAGUACAGAAUAUGCAUAAACAGUGAAAAGUGUUUUUGUGAUAAACUUUUUCAGGAUAAUCGCCGUAAUAGGAUUUUUGGUUGCUCUAGACACCGAAGAAAAAACUAGUAGAAAUAUCGUGUUUCGUUAUCAACAAAAGCAUUCUAUUUUACCGUUUCCCAAGGAUACGGAUACACAGAGAUACUAAGGAGGUAACAUUGGCGAAGUUCGAAGUGCCAAUAAAAAUUCUAUGAACAAGGACGAACAGACUAAACCCGACGGCGAUUCCAGAAUCGGUGAAGAAUCGUCGUCAACCGGUGAUAAGCCAACAGAACAAGCCUCAUCUGUCACAGUAACGCCCAAGCAAGACUGUAGCCUCCUCGAGAGCAAUUCAGACCAAACCAUUGCACUAGCACCGACUACAAACGUGGUAGAAAAUUGUUCCAAAAGUAUCCCACCUACGUCAUCGCUUAGUACCGCGGAAUCUUCCUCAUCCACUACAAUCACUCCAGGGCCUCGCGUAACCGUAUCUGAAAGCGGAGACAUGAAACGAGCCUCGGCGAAAAAACUCAUCGAACGAUAUUUUUACCAGUUGGUCGACGGUUGUGGCAAUCCGAAAUGCAACAACAAAUACUGUGCCUCCAGCGGCAAGGUGGAGAAACUUAGCCCAAACGCAGCUGCCGCUCGUGCUAUUCAACUAUUCACGCAGGAAGCUGAACUAUGCGACACGCAUCCAUCAAAGGUGCCAAAAACGAUGACAAAUGCUUCUACCUCUGGGGGAACUGUAGACGAUGGAAACAGUAGUGGUGGUCAUCUUUCUGCUGCUAGUUCUUCUGGAUCCAGUUCCGGAUUGGAUGAUUCAACUGUAAGCACGGAAGCUGGUACUGCUUGGGGAUUGUUAGGUAGGAACGUAGACAUGGAGGAGAUUAACGACAGCUCGAAUCAAGAAUCCAUGGAUGAAGACGAACAGUCGAAUGGGCGAAAAAAUCAAAAUCAUCCCUACGAAGGAGGAGGCGGUGAAGGAAGCACGCACAGCUACUCUCUUCGUAGCAUUACUACCAAUCAGGGUAGCAGUAAAGCCGAUCUGGCUGAAAAUGGUUCCUCUAGUGGUAGUGCGAAGAAGAAACCUGUAAGCAGUAGUUCGAAAGAAAGCAACUGUAAAAAGCGCGAUACUCCUCCGUUAGAAUAUCUAGAUGAAGCAAAGCUUUUAGAGCUAACAAAGGUCUGCGAGCGAGAAUGCUCGGAUGCGCCAUUGAUACGUAAAUUAGGUGCCAUUUUUUCCUCAUAUCGAUCGGUAGCAUUAAGCUUCCAAAAGAAACCCUGCUCAAGUAUCGACGUAAUGCUCGAAAAGGCGCCGGAGGAUUUAAAAAACCUCAAAAAGGAAGACUUGCGAGCGCUCGAAGGCGAUCUGGACAAGGACGAAGACAGUUCGGCGGAAAAGAUGCCAGAGACUAAGGAAAAACAUCACACCUCGGUUGAUCUAGUAAGUUUAAGACGAGCCAUGAAAACACUGUACGAACAAAAAAAUUCCGUGUUUGGUCCAAUCAACAAUGCCUUACAAUCGGCCGGGGAAGCUCUGAGUAUCGACCUGCGUGUGCUGCUAACCCAGAAGGAGGACAUCGAAGAGAUUAUAACUGUUUUUGUGAUCAUUUUUGAAGUACUGCUCAUCGGGACGGCCGAGUUCUUGGAAAUUUCUCUCCCGCGAAUUUGUGAAGCCUUGUGUCACCUGCCCGUGUGGGCACAAGCACGGUUAGCUCACAUUUGGUCGGUGCACUGCAAGGACAGCGUCCAACCGUUGCUUCAGCUACUGCAGCAACUGAUCACGAUUUCGACGCUCUCGUUGAACUAUUAUCGUGAUGUGAAAAUUCACGACAAUGAGAUUGUUUGUAAUGCGACAAAGGUGAUGAAGAUCGUAUUCUACGCGAACAUCCUGGCAGGCGAUGUGGAACCGAAGCAUUUCCGGGAAGCCGACCUGGGCGACAUUGCACCCCCAACCUACCUUUCGCUCAUCCCCGAGGAUGACGAACCGCAGCUGUACACCAGCAAGGAGAAGAAAGCGAAACAGCAACGGCUGGAAGAUCCGCUGGCAACUGAGCUGGACGUAAACAUACUGGAUUGCCGGAAACCUAGCGUUCCGUACGAGGAGUUCUACAAUGAACCACUGUGCGAUGUGAUCGAAAUGGACCAUGAUUAUCUCAGCUACAAGAAUACUACCUCAGAGGGGGCGUUCUUCCCGGAUUCGUCGAAGAAGUUCAGCUUCAUGUUGUACUCGUUUAUUCUGACACCGGCAACGAAAACGCUGGCACUGUACUACGACUCGCGAAUUCGGAUGUACUCGGAGCGGAGAUUGAGUUUUCUACAUCAGCAACUGGGUGGGGGAUUGCAGAGCGUAAACCCGUUUCUGAAGCUAAAAAUUCGACGAGAUUAUAUCAUCGACGAUGCGUUGGUUGAACUGGAAAUGAUUGCCAUGUCGAAUCCAAAGGAUUUAAAGAAACAGCUAGUGGUUGAGUUCUCGGGGGAGCAGGGAAUUGAUGAAGGUGGCGUGUCUAAGGAGUUCUUCCAGUUGAUCAUAGAGGAGAUUUUCAACCCAGAUUACGGUAUGUUUAUCAACAACGAAGACACCAACACGGUGUGGUUUAAUUCGACUUCGUUCGAAAACGAGGCGCAAUUCACGCUGAUCGGAAUCGUACUAGGAUUGGCAAUCUACAAUAAUAUAAUCCUGGCAGUCCACUUCCCUAUGGUAGUUUAUAGAAAAUUGAUGGGCAUGAAGGGGUCGUUUGCGGAUUUGUGUGAUUGGAAUCCGGUUCUAUACAACAGUUUGAAAUCAAUGCUAGAUCAUCAGGACAAUGAUAUGGAAGAAGUUUUCAUGCAAACAUUCAAAAUUUGCUACAAGGAUGUAUUUGGCAACACGCUGGAUCACGAACUGAAACCGGAUGGAGAUAAGAUCUUCGUCAAUCAGGACAACAAGCAAGAGUUUGUUGAACUAUACACAGACUUUUUGCUCAAUCAGAGCAUCGAAAAGCAGUUCAAAGCAUUCAAGCGAGGAUUCCAGAUGGUAACCGAUGAAAGUCCACUGCAUUUACUCUUCCGACCGGAGGAAAUCGAGCUAAUCGUUUGCGGUAGCAAGGAGUUUGAUUUCAACGAGCUCGAACAAUCUACUGAGUACGAGGGAGGUUUCACGGUUGAGUCUCAGACUAUUAAGGACUUCUGGGCUAUCGUUCAUGGGCUCUCGAUGGAUUCCAAGCGGAAACUACUGCAGUUUACCACAGGCUCCGAUCGGGUACCAGUCGGCGGAUUGAGUCGACUAAAGCUGGUUAUCGCCCGCAACGGACCGAACUGUGACCGAUUGCCAACCAGUCAUACAUGUUUUAAUGUAUUACUGUUGCCCGAGUAUGAUAGCAGAGAGAAGCUGGAGGAACGUCUGCUAAAGGCCAUCAAUUACUCCAAGGGGUUUGGUAUGUUGUAGAGAUGAAACUAAUGCAUCGAAACAUUAACAGACCUACAAGUGUGCCGAAUAUACGCUUGGAACGAAACUUGUGUGAGAAGUGGAUUGUGAAUCAAACAAAAAGAUGGCGAGAUUUUCUGCAGAUGUGCGUAUAUAUUUUUCGUUUUCCUGGAUCUCUAGAAACUGGUUUUAUACGCUGUACAAUAUAUUUUAGUUUGUUUCAUAAAGAUUGUGCGCGUUCAAAUGAAAUGCUCGCCUUCGAAAGGCAUCACCGUGCAGAAAGUUUAUGAUUUAUUUGUUUUACAAGGAAAAUAUUACGCUGUACACUCUUUUCCAUUUUCUAUUGAUUUAUACUCUUUUCACAGCUAAAAAAACAAUACAUAUUUGAACAUUGUGCCCGAGCCAUGAAUAUAA